UACUAUUCACCUGUGUUUUUCACUUGGAGUCAGCGCAUAGUGUGCUCCUAAUUUUUCAAUUUAAUUAUAUAAUUUUAAUAACUUAAGUGCUUUAAAAUGUUAUCGUUUUUAAUUCAUCCAUUUUUGUCAGCGAUCUCCUCUGUUUUUUAUAUUUAUCAUCCCUCAUCCAUCAUUUUCCGAGCAACAUGACUUUAAAAUAUUCUUUAAUUACUUUGAAGUUGCACGAAGUUUUAAGUAACAGAGGUCCAAACGUCGGUUUAAGCCACCCAUACCUUUAUUCACAAUAUCCGAUUGACUUUCCGAGCGCCUCUUCGCACGCGUACUCCGUAAGUGGAGUGAGCCCGCAAUUCGCAUCUCCAGAGUUGUAUAGCCCGACAGCUUUGGGUGCACAACAACAAGCACACGAGCUUUUACAACAGCCAGAUGCCAGUGCUCAGCAGUCGCAACAGGCGCCCACACUUCAGCUAAUGAACACAACGCGAGCUGCGGAGCGAUGGGACGGUAAGUCGAAGCUGCUCAAACUCCUUGAACCGGUCUUGAGUACGUUCAGGAGUUUCGUCGACCCGAUCGCUAACGUCUUUUAUUCUAUGCCUGCUACGUUCAGAGGUUUGAAUUCUGACGUCACUACAGAGUCUAAAAGCUAUGAGCCAGAACCACAAGAGAGCGUUACCCAAGCAAAAAUUAUACUUAAUCCCCAGCCGAGAUUUAUAGCCCAAAGAAAAAUGACGCACAGAAAACCACAGAGACCAAAGAAAUACACUGAACUGAAAAUUAACUUGGAACGACUAAAGCACAACAAGGACUUGUAUGAAUAUAUUAAAACGAAGAAAUAUAAACACAAUUACCCAAAUACUUAUUAUUAUCCGAAAGGUACCGGAGACGUCCAAUGUCUUAUGGAACCUCGCGCGCUACUUCAAGGUCCUAUUUGGCCUAUCACCCCCAUCAUUGAGUGCCCCUACAAUGACAAUGCCAAUGUACGUUUUGCCUCAAAUGUAUGA